AUGGCUGAGGAAGACGUAUUUUUGGCAGCUACAUCAAAUGCGCUUUGGGAUCCUGUUCAUUCAAAAGACUGGGAUAAAGAGAAAGUUACACCGCAGUGUGUAUUAAGAAUAAAAAGGUAGGGUGACAUUUAAAAUGUUUUUUUGUGGUUUAAGGUUCGUUUGUGCUGUGUUCGGACGAGACGUUAGCCUUCACACGAUCAUAAAAAUAAUCUUUAAAAAACUUCUCAUUCAAAAGGGAAAAGCUUAGGCUUACUUCUGUUUCAGCAAUGAACGAGGCCUAGUUUUGAAGAUGCACAGUCAAAGCAUAUAUUUUUCUCGCUUGCCCGCUCAUUUUUGGCAUAAUUUUUAGACUUCAUCUUCUGGAAAUUGUUGAUUGUACAUUUCUAAACAAUAAGCUUAAACCCAGUUUAUUGCAGUGUAUAAGGUGCCAAAUGUUUGCUUGGAAAUUUUAGACUCAGUGUUAUAGAGGAUUUUGUGUUCAAUACCAUGAAAGCAGUCAAAUGCUAUAUUAUGUAAAACUUUGUCAAGUUAAUAGCAAUGCAAAUGGCCUAAUUUUGGAACAGGUUUUGAAAAUAUUAAGCUUAAUUGGGUUGUCAGUGGAAAAAAAAUAAAUGAUAUCAAAAGAGGAGAACUGGUAAAUUUUAUAUUCUGUAAAUGUGUUAUUUCGUACCAUUUCCUGUUAACAUACAUAUAUAAAAAAUAAAUUAUGGAUGGUGCAUUGACCAUUUAAAGUUUUUUACUUUUUUUAAUCAUAAUUCAUGGUUAGUAUUAUAGGAUAGUUUCAUGCUUUAAUAUGUUACUUGUUGUUUAGAUUGAAAAUGAUAGACAGUAAUUAUUGUGUGGAGCUUGUUUCCAUCACAUACAGCUGUAUCUUUCAUUUGUGUACUGAAACAGGGGUCAUGCAGUGUGCUUGAUAUUUGUACACUUAGUUCAAUGGCUCUAUUUAAAAAUUUGCUGAAAGAAAAUACAUCCCGAGAAAGAAAUGUUGGUGGCUGAUAAUUUGUGGACAGGUAAUGCCCUUUCCACCGCAUGUUUGUUUAAAAAAAAAUUGAUUUUUCUGCCAAAGAUUACUCUACAGUAAUUUAAGAUGAACGGCUUUUGUUACUUUUAGGGGACCCCAGCUUUAUAGAGGAAAACAAGUAAGUGUGCGAGCAAAAUGACAAGUUUAAACAAGGAAAAAAAUAAUGUCAUAUGUUCGACAACAAAGAACAAAUGAAAUGCAAAUACUGGUCAUUCUUGAUAGCAGUUUUAGCCACAAACUUUGAAUGUCGCAGUUGGAACAUUUCUUUGUAAUUUUGGGAUUUUAGACAAUUUUAUAUGGUAGAUUCAGGAGAGAAUAAUGCAGAAAUAACUAAAAUUGAGUCAUGUUUUUUUGUUGUGCUACAUUCUACAUUUGGCAUAUACAAAUUUGUCACAUUGUCACAUAAACUCAUCAUUUUGCCCAUGCAUUUAGUAAGUUUUUUCCUCUAUAAAGCUAUGGUCCCCUAAAAGUAACGAAAACCAGAUGAACCUCUUCUGAGCAGCCAAUCUUUAUUUAGCAGCGGCUUGUCAGUACGCUGAGAAUGGUUGCUUAAUGGAAGUUCAACUGUGCUUAACAUAAAUAACACUGAGAUUAGUAAACGCUUCUAAAUGUUACUACUCCAGUGUCAUAGCUCGUGGCUAAUUAUUAAUGCUUAUGGACUAGUGGAGUUCCUCUUAAAGCUAACUUUAAGCAUUGGUAUGGUUAACCUGCCUUAUAGAAAUAGUGUUGUGGUUCAUUGUACAUAUACAUGCAGGUGAUUAAUAAAAUUAUACAUGUAUUUCACUUGUUUGCUGCACUCACGUGUGAAAUAUUUUUUAACACUUGAAGAGAAAUUUCGUAUCUCCACGCAGCCAUGUAAUAUCCUCUAUUUAUGUUAUAAUCUUUUCAGAGAUAUAAUGAGUAUAUACAAUGAACCACCGCCUGGGAUGUGCAUAGUUCCUGACAAAGAUGACAUUACAAAGGUUUGUGUUAGUCAAUGUACUAUUUAGCCUACCAGCUACAUGUACAGUAUAUUUUAUUGUUUUUAUAUUCAGCUCAUAUUUAUGAUGUUUAAAACCUCAUAUGCACUGGGAAAAGCUGAAUUACAGAACUAAGACACAAUAUAAAAUAAUACUGUAAUAUAAAAUUAAUUAAGAUCAUUAAUAGUAGAUCUACGGUAAAGUGAUCAUUAAAAAGUAAGUUAAAUUUGUAAUUUAUAAGUUCCAAAAUCUUGGAAGCACUGGGUCCUUCAUGUGACACAAGUGGUACAUGUAUAUUAAGGGCGGCAUUCUGGUAAGGAGCUGCUGAUCUGAGAUUAUACAUGCAGGGGUGUCUUUGGGAGUUAAAAAACUAAUAGGAUGUUUCUUACACCUUGCCCUGUUCACGUAGUUCUGUGAAAUACUGUCUCUCCAGUCUUUUAGGGUACAUUGUUGUAACACUAGCUGAUAAACAACCCUCAAAGUACAGUGGAACCUCUCCUAACAGACACUCUCGCAAAUGGGCAGCUCAUACAAAAGCUGUAUUUUUAUAUUCCUGUAAGUAGCCAACUCCAGUGACAGACACCUUUUUCGCGUCCCAAGGGUGUUACCUUAAUUAUUAUAAUAUGUUCAUGUAGAGCUCUCUUUUGCAAAAGACAAUUACAUGUACUUGAACUCAAACUGCCAGUAACUUGGUCUUCAUUUUAACUUUAGAGUAAGUUAAAUCAUGUUUAAAUUGAUAGUCAUCCAGUUGUACACAAUAACUCUUCCAUUUUUGUUUUAAUCUUCUAGAUUCACGCUCUGAUCACAGGUCCAUUUGACACCCCAUACGAGGGAGGAUUUUUUUACUUCUUGAUACGCUGCCCUCCUGACUACCCUAUCAGACCUCCUAGAGUAAAACUAAUGACAACAGGUGGAGGGCAAGUCAGAUUUAAUCCCAACUUGUACAGAAAUGGUAAAGUCUGCCUUAGUAUACUAGGGUGAGUAUUUGAUUUGGUAGCCCUUGACCUUUUGGGCCCUACAAGUACAUGUAGCUUGCAAGUGUAAUAGAUUUUUGGUGAUAUCUAGCUAGGAACCAUGUGUUUUUGAAAGAAGUGAUGAGGAAGGUGUCGUUUAAGAAAUACAUCAUGCUUAGUGUGUAUAAAUAUUUAUAUUAUUGAGUUAUGGAGGAAUGCAGUAAGUUUGGAGAGCACAGGAUGAGGGUAAGAGUUGUUCAAGGUAUAGCCAAGAGCAACUGUAGGUUCUUCAGGCUAGGUAGGAGUUCAAAUCCAAAAAUUUCAGAAAAUUGAUUUUUGGAGACUUGGCGAAAGUACAAAUGCAAGUGACAAAAAUCUGAGUUUAAAAAAUGCAAUCAACACGUCAUUGUAGAUAUGGGCUGACAUGUACCUAUGUAUAGGAUAAGCACAGUAUGCCAUAAUUAUGUAGUUAAAUUAUUAGUUCUCAAAAUUCUACAGUUUUUCCUAGUCAUGCGUAUUGUACAUCUGUGCAUGCUCACCAUGUGCCCUGUGAAAUAAAGCACUAUGUUACUAUAUUAUUGGAAACUGUCGAAAGGAAACGAAAAAGACUCAGUAUUAUUCAAAACUAAAGUAGUUUGGAGGCCCUUUGCAGCUAUUCAUUCAUGUGGUACAAAACCGCCGUGCUGGAGAGCAAAAGUCGCACUGGGACAAGGCAAACAAAGAAAAUUACCAUUUAAAAUUAUGUAUGUCUUUUGUUUGUCUUGUCCCAGUGUGGCUUUUGCUCUCCAGCGUGGCGGUUUUGUACCACAUGAAUGGCUAGCUGCAAAGGGCCUAUUAAUGUCAUAAUUUAAAGGAAGAAAAUAAACAUCUUAUUCAAUUGUGUCUAUUUUACCAUUGCAGAACAUGGUCUGGUCCUGCUUGGAGUCCUGCCCAGUCCCUUUCCAGUGUUCUAAUUUCUAUUCAGUCUUUAUUAAAUGAAAAACCAUAUCACAAUGAACCAGGAUUUGAACAGGUAAACUGGCAUGGUGUCUUAUGAUGUACUUACAGUUAUUAUCUAGAGAGUAAGUGAAAAGUAAAUGAGAAAUCAGAAUUCAAUUUCACUCAGACUUCAAAAGUUAGAACAGCAAGUUUUUUACAUACAUUGUAUCUUUAUAUUUAGCGCUUGGAGUGAGAGACAAUUAAUUAGGAAAAUAUGUUAUGGUGGAUCUUUGGGAAAGGGGCCUUGGGGGGCAUUUAUAUUUAGACCAAAAGUAAGGCUAGCAGACCUGAAGCAUCAAGAUAGCUUGUUUUUGUUAGAAGCCCCCCCCCUCCUACACUACACAUUUUCAUUUUCAUAUUUUACAUUUUGACACAAGAAACAGUUUUCCUCAAAAUGGUCGGGGAAGUAGGUGGACUGAGAUGUUUAAAAAGAUGCUUGGAGUCUAUCCCCGCCUCCAUUACUGCCAUUUUUUACUUGCUGGCACGAGUUAUUCACUGUUAGGUGUCAAACAGGAGGAGUAUUUUGUCUGAUAGGAAAUACCUCAAUGGCAGCCGUAAAUUGUCCUGAAAAAUAGAUUACUUCUCACAGCUGAUUUGUUGACUAUUUUAAGGAGCGCCAGGCUGGGGACUACAAGCGAUAUAAUGAAUGUAUCCAGCAUGAAAGCCUCAGAGUUGCAGUCUGUGAUAUGUUGGAAGGAAAACUUAAAUGUCCCUCAGCACUUAGGUGAGCUGAACAUUAUACUGAUAUUUACUCUGUGAGCAGUGGUUUCUCCAGGCUGGACACUAUGCUAUAAAGGAAGAUAAACCACAGCAAGUGAUCAUUUGCUUUUCCAUCAAGCAUACACAUCCACUUGAUGCCUACGUCAAAGCAUCAAAUAACAUCACUUCCUCUUGAUUCACAGGAAACUUAAGGGACCUAAAAUGCAAUGGCAAAAAGACCAUAACAAAAACAGCUUUAAUAAGCAAAACAAAAACUUUACACGUGCAUCACACUCUUUCGUACAUUUCUUUGCCAUUUUAUUUUUAUUUUAUUUUGCAUUUUAUUACGAACAUAAACAAGCAAUGAUGAAAUUUUAUUCUCUAAAUCUG